AUGCCGUGCGCGAUCGCGCGCGCGCGCGCGACGCCCGCGCGCGCGAAGCGGGGCGCGAUCGAUCGUCCGCGCGGCGACGCGCCGUCGGCGGCGCGAUCGGUCGUUCGAGCGCGUCGCGCUCGCGUGAAGACGCGCGCGGUGCGCGCGCCCGCGGGGACGAAGACCAUCGAACGGUUCUUCCGUCGACCGUUCAUCUCGGACGAGGCGUGCGCGACGCUGGUGAAGAAGGUGAACGCGCGACUGGGGCGCGAAGCCGUCGAGCGCGCGACGAGCGAGCAGUGCUUCAACGCCGAGUGUGUGGGCGGUCUGAGUGACGCGGCGCGAGAGACGAUGACGUGGUUGUUGCGCGAGACGUACGAGCCGGAGCUGUUCGGGGAGACGAGCGCGUUGGUGCACGAAGACGCGAGUCCGGUGAUCGAGGUUGGACCGCGGUUGGCGUUUCAGAGCGCGUGGUCCACGAACGCGGUGAGCGUGUGCAAGUCGUGUGGGUUGGAGAACGUCACGAGACUUGAACGAAGCCGAAGGUUUAAGCUGUACGCGAAGGACGGGACGACGAUCGAUGAAGAAGUUCGACGGGCGUUCGCGGAGGCGGUGCACGACCGCAUGACGGAGUGCGUGUACGACGAACCGCUCAAGACUUUCGAGCUCAAUGUGACGCCGGAGCAGGUGUACACCGUUCCGAUCACCACCGAAGGUCGCGCCGCGCUUGAGCGCGUGGAUAAGGAGAUGGGCCUGGCGUUUGACGACCAGGACUUCGACUUUUACAUGCGCCUGUUUUGCGACGAAAUCGGUCGCGAUCCGACCAACGUCGAGCUCUUCGACAUGGCGCAGAGCAACUCGGAGCACUCUCGGCACUGGUUCUUCGCGGGUGAGCUCACCGUGGACGGCGUUAAGAUCGAGAAGUCUCUGUUCAAGAUGGUAAAAGAGACCAUCGAGGGCGAUCGAGCGCACAACAGCGUGAUCCAGUUCAAGGACAACUCCUCCGCCAUUCGCGGCUUUGUGAACACGCCGCUGCGACCGGCCAAGGCGGGCGAACCGUCGGCCAUGGUCAAGAAGGAGGUUGACCUCGAUCUUCUUCUCACUGCGGAGACGCACAACUUCCCUUCGGGCGUCGCGCCGUACCCGGGUGCAGAGACCGGUACGGGCGGUCGCAUUCGCGACACGCACGCCACCGGUAGCGGCUCCACCCUUGUCGCUGGUACCGCCGGCUACAUGACUGGUAACCUGCGCUUGGACGGGAAGGUGCUUCCGCACGAAGACAUGGAUGCGAAGUAUCCAUCCAACCUCGCCUCGCCGUUGCAAAUCAUGAUUGACGCGUCCAACGGCGCGUCCGAUUACGGCAACAAGUUUGGCGAGCCGGUCAUCGCGGGUUUCUGCCGAACCUUCGGUCAGCGCAUGCCAAACGGCGAGCGACGGGAGUACAUCAAACCGAUCAUGUUCUCCGCCGGUUUCGGGCAGAUCGAUCACACCAAUCUGGAGAAGCAGGAGGGUGACAUUGGCAUGCUCGUAGUCAAGAUCGGCGGUCCCGCGUACCGCAUCGGUAUGGGUGGUGGCGCCGCGUCGUCCAAGGCUGGCGGUGAAGACGAGGCGAACGCGAGCUUAGAUUUCAAUGCCGUGCAGCGUGGUGACGCGGAGAUGUCGAACAAGCUCAACCGUGUGGUCAAGGCGUGCGUCGAACUUAUGGGCGAGAAUCCGAUUUUGAGCAUUCACGACCAAGGCGCUGGUGGUAACUGCAACGUCUGCAAAGAACUCAUCUACCCCAAGGGUGGAGAGGUGAACAUUCGCGAAGUCAAGCUCGGUGAUAACACGAUGAGUGUGCUCGAGAUCUGGGGUGCGGAGUACCAAGAAAACUCUGCUAUGUUAAUCAAGCCCGAGUCUCUUCCGAUCAUUGAGAAGAUUUGCGCGCGAGAGCGCUGCUUGUUCUCCGUACUCGGUAGCGUCACCGGCAGCGGUCGCAUUACAGUUAUCGAUCCCGAAGCUCCCCCGGGGACUCCGACGCCGGAAGAUCUCGAUCUCGAGGCUGUGUUGGGUGACGUGCCGAAGAAGAAGUACGACCUCAAGCGCGACAAACCGCUCAACUCCAAGUUCGAUAUGAUGGCUGACGAAACGAUCGCGUCUAUGCUCGAUCGCGUGCUUCUCCUGCCGUCGGUUUGCUCGAAACGUUUCUUGACGACUAAGGUCGAUCGCUCCGUGACUGGUUUGGUCGCCCAACAGCAAUGCGUCGGUCCGCUUCAGGUGCCUCUCUCUGACGUCGCCGUGAUUUCGCAAACACACUUCGAUACCAAGGGCGGCGCGACCGCCAUCGGUGAAGCACCGCUCAAGGGGUUGGUAAACCCGCGAUCGAUGGCGCGCAUGUCGCUCGGUGAGUCUCUCACAAACAUGGUCUUUGCCAACACGCAAGGGAUGGACUACAUCAAAUACUCGGGUAACUGGAUGUACGCCGCGAAGUUGGGCGGCGACGGUGCGCACAUGUACGACGCGUGCGAAGCCUUGUGCCAGUCCAUGAAGGAGCUCGGGGUCGCCAUUGAUGGUGGCAAGGACUCCUUGUCUAUGGCUGCCAAGGCUGGCGGCGAAGUCGUGAAGACGCCGGGUACUCUUGUCAUGUCUGGCUACGUUGGGUGCCCGGAUAUCACCAAGACGGUGACGCCAGAUUUGAAGCUUCCGGGCACGGGUAAGCUCGUUCUCGUCGAAUUCGGUAGCAAGGAAGGUAAACGUCGCGUUGGGGGUUCUGCACUGGCGCAGGCGUACGCCCAAGUCGGCGACGAGAGCCCGGACAUGGACGAUACCUCAUACUUCAGAGAGGCGUGGAGCGCCACGCAAAAGCUCGUUGAUGAACGCAAGAUUAGUGCGGGUCACGACGUUUCGGACGGUGGUUUCAUAACAGCCGUUCUCGAGAUGGCGUUCCCGUCGACGACCGCGGGCGUUGAGGUAACUCUUCCAGGAGACGACGCAAUGUCGGCGUGCUUUGCCGAGGAGCUCGCCAUCGUCCUCGAAGUCGCCCCUGAAAAUGAAGCGGCCGUCAUGAGUGCCUACGCCUCCGUGGGUGUCACCGCUCGCGCGAUCGGCAAGGUCACCAACGACGGUAAGUGUACAGUGUCUGCCGCGGGUUCCGAGUGCGUGAGCGACUCAACCGCAAACAUUCGCGACAAGUGGGAGGAAAUGAGCUUUGAGCUCGAAAAGCUCCAAGCGUCGAACGCCACCGUUGCCUUGGAGAAGGAGGGCCUCAGAUCGCGCAAGGCGCCAACGUGGAAACUGACGUACAAGCCGACCCUGACGCCGCCGGAGAUCAUGAGUGCGGCGGAUAAGGUCAAGGUGGCCAUCGUUCGCGAGGAGGGUUCGAACGGCGACCGCGAAAUGGCUGCGGCCAUCACGGCUGCGGGCAUGGAGGCGUGGGAUGUCACCAUGAGCGAUCUCCUCAGCGGUCGCGCCAACCUGAGCGCGUUCCAAGGUAUCGUCUUCGUAGGAGGCUUCUCGUACGCUGACGUUCUCGACAGCGCCAAGGGAUGGGCGGGAGGUAUCCGCUACAACGCAUCUCUGAAGCAACAGUUCCAGGACUUUUACGACAGGCCGAAUACGUUCUCUCUCGGUAUUUGCAACGGCUGCCAGCUCAUGGCGCUCUUAGGUUUUAUCCCGUCUGAAGGUGGCGUUGGUGCGCUUCCGGACUCCAAGCAGCCACGCUUCAUCCACAACGACAGUGGUCGCUUUGAGUCGCGAUGGACGACUGUGGGCAUUGAUGAGAACACGCCGGCGAUGAUGUUGAAGGGCAUGGGUGGUUCCCGCAUGGGUGUUUGGUGCGCCCACGGAGAGGGCAAGGUGAAGUUCCCCGAUGAAAGCAUGUUACCGGAUGUGUUGAAGAACGGUCAGGCGGCCGUACGCUACGUCGACGCGGACGGCGCGCCGACGCAACAGUACCCGCUCAACCCGAACGGUUCGCCGCACGGCAUCGCCGGUUUGUGCUCGAAGGAUGGACGCCACUUGGCGAUGAUGCCUCACCCCGAGCGCGCCUUCAUCGGCUGGCAAGUUCCGUGGGCGCCGAGCGACGCGGGUAUCGACCCGUACGGACCGGGCCCGUGGCUCCAAAUGUUCCAAAACGCGCAACGUUGGGCCUCGUCGCACAAGUAA